GGCAAUGACAACGCAAUUGUUGGCAAUAGUUAUGUACAUGUACCUGAAAAGGGCAUAGACACUUUCACUGAAGGUGAUUUAGAUAACCUGUUGUGCGAUACUGGCAACCAGGAUGACUUGCUGACCGAAAUGGCGGCCUUAAUUGAGGGUGACGAAAAAGAAAGUUCAGCCCUAAAUGACCAAUUGGCUAAAACAGUAAAUGCACUUGCUCAAGGCAAGAUAAAGCCAGAAAAACUAGAAGAAAAAUUGGGCAAAUACAACAAACCAAGCAACUGCGGUAAUCUUUGCCUAACUAGAGUGAACCCUGAGAUAUGGUCAAUCCUAAAACCCACAACACGUGCAAGGGAUGUUAAAUUCCAAAAGGUGCAAAGCUCUUUUGUACGGGCAUCAAUAGCCAUCGCAAUGGCCACUGAUCAAAUGCUAAAAGCCAGAAAUAACAAUGAGACUAUUGAUACAGCUCAGCUUAUUAGAAUGCUGGUUGACGCAAUUGCCAUACUUGGCUCGGGCAACGCCCAACUCAACUUGCGCAGAAGAGACAGUAUCCGACCUGAUCUCAACCAAAAAUAUGCGGCCUUGUGCUCAUCGCAAGUCCCGUGCACUAGUCUCCUUUUCGGGGAUGACUUAGUUCAGUCAUGCAAAACUAUAGUGGAGACAAACAAAAUAAGUUCACAGAUGUUUGUAAAUGACCCCAAACGUCGUAAUACUAGACAGUUUUCAGGCCGUGGAUCAUCCCACCGUGCGGGGGACUUUCGCUCACGGGGUUUCCCGAAACAGCAUUACGGCAGCCACCAGAGGGCACCUUAUUACCCGAGAGGCCGAGGCUACUAUCGUCGAGCACAGAGUCAGGGCCAGGGUUAUUACCGUUCCGGCGGCAGCAGCGGUCAUGGCAGUGGCAAUUACCACCAAACCCCAAGCCAAUCCACCAGCACCGGGGCCUCGACAGCCAAGAAAACGGUGACCUAGCGGCACCAUUACAGUUGGUAAGGUAUUGCAGAAAAUCGAGGUAGACGGAGCCAUGGGAAUACUUAUAUUCCCAUUAUGGCAAACCCAACAUUGGUUUCCCAGAAUGCUGCGCCUGUUGAUAGCUACGCCAGUAACACUACCAAAGACAUACGGGUUGUUGAGACUACCACACGAUCCACACAGUCGCCAUCCACUAGAGGGCCGAAUGACAAUGUGUGCUUCACUCUUAUCCAGCAGUCGCUCCGAUCAAGAGGAUUUUCGAAGGAAACUAUUGACAUUAUCCUCCAAUCAUGGAGACCGAGUACCAAGAAGCAAUAUGCAUCAUCCAUCGAAAAAUGGCUACGUUUCUGCACUAAACGGGCUGUCGAUCCAGUUCAUGCGACUGUAACCGUGGCAAUGGAGUUUCUCACCAAGUUAGUUCACUCUGGGGCAAAAUACAGCACUGUUAAUACAGCACGGUGUGCAUUGUCAUCACUGCUUUGGUCAACGUCUGACAAUAAAACAAAGUUUGGUAGCCAUCCUUUGGUUAUUCGUUUUAUGCGAGGACUAUUUAAUUUAAAACCUCAGUACCCUCGUUAUUCACAUACAUGGGAUGUUGGUAUUUUACUUCGAUAUGUUAGUAAGAUGGAACCAUUACAGUCUAUUGCAUUGAAACAAUUGACUUACAAACUGAUUUGCUUAUGUGCACUUACCACUGCACAGCGGG